CCCUCCCUCCCCAGUCCUCCUUUCCUGCUUUUGGUGUCUCUCCUGCAAGGGCUGCAUCGCUGUCCCCUCCCUCCUGGGAUGAUCGGGAUUUGCUAGAGCUUCUCGUUAAGACGGACAGAACUUGGCAGAAGACCAAAGGGUUCCUUCCGAUAUCUUAGAGGCUUCCUGAGAGCACAGAUGGAUGACCGAGACUCAGCUGGCCCUGAAGCAGGAAGAGGCCAUGCCAUCCAAACUGGGAGCAGUGGGGGAUUCUGGGGAAACUCUGUGCAGAAGAUCCUGGGUGAGGAGGACACCCUCCGCUCAGAGGUGCAGAGCCAGCAGUUGAGGCAGUUCUGCUGCCAGGAGGCCAAAGGACCCCGAGAGGUUUGCAGCCGACUCUACCACCUUGACCGUCAGUGGCUGAAGCCAGAAAGGCACACAAAAGCUGAGAUGCUGGACCUGGUGAUCUUCGAGCAGUUCCUGGCUGUCCUUCCCCCGGAGAUGGAGAGCUGGGUGAGGGAAUGCGGAGCAGAGACCAGUUCCCAGGCGGUGGCCCUGGCCGAAGGUUUCCUCCUGAGUCAGGCAGAGGAGAGAAAGCAGAAACAGAGAAAGCAGGAAAAGGAUCAUUUUGGGGAAAUGGACCUGGAUUCCUGUGUGGCAGAGAGGCCUCCGUCGGGCACCAGAGAGAGGCCGCUGGGUGACACAGUGAUACUGGAUAGACCUCUUCAUCCAUCUUUGAAUGGGGACAGAAGAGAAGCAGCGGCUGUGGAACUAGAUCAGGUCAGGGGAAGCUGCCUUGUGGGGACAGAGUACAAGGAGCGGAACAAUGUUAUAGCUCAAGGAAGAAAAUAAAAAAAUUCCUUCCAGUAGCACCUUAGAGACCAACUAAUUUUGUCAUUGGUGUGAGCUUUCGUGUGCAUGCACAAUUCUUCAGAUACACUGCAACGGAAGUCACGAGACCCUUAUAUAUAGUGAGAGGUUGGGGAGGGUUAUUACUCAGAAGAAUAUGGAGCAGAUGAUUCAGCAGGGGAAACACAGCCCAGAAUAAGUAAGGGGGUAGUACAAAAAUACUUGGCUAGUUUAGAUGUAUUCAAGUCUCCAGGGCCAGAUGAACUACAUCCAAGAGUAUUAAAAGAACUGGCAGAGGUGAUUUCAGAACCACUGGCAAUAAUCUUUGAAAAUUCCUGGAGAACAGGCGAAGUUCCAGCAGACUGGAGGAGGGCAAAUGUUGUCCCUAUUUUCAAAAAGGGGAAAAGAGAGGACCCAAACAAUUACUGCCCAGUCAGCCUGACAUCAAUACCAGGAAAGAUUCUAGAGCAGAUCAUUAAGCAAACGGUCUGUGAGCACCUAGA